GCGUCGCUUAAAUAAAAAAAAGCGUCGUGGCGUUAUGAAUAAAAUCGUAUUAACGUCAGGCGACGUGCAUAUGUAUAUAAUAAAAUCACGUUUGUAUCGCCCAAAGCCGUUAUUAAUGGUUGGCGUGGUUGUGGUGUACGCGGGAGAACUAAGAAGUGGUUUUCUCAGAACGAAGGUGAAUACAUUAUAAUAAUACGCCGGUUAUUUUAUUAUUAUUAUGAUUAUUAUUAUUAUUAUUAUUACUAUUAUUAUUAUUUUUUUUCUCGUGUCCGUGCCUGCGUCGUUCACAAUCAUUCGCGAUCGAAAGGUCUACAAACCACACGUACAACAUGGACGUAAGACUCGUCGCCAUUAUUUUGUGCCACAUCGCUCUGUUGAGUGGCCAGUCCGCCGGUGGUAGAAAACGGCCACCUACCACGACCACAGUGGCACCCCGUCAUCGACCGACCGCCGUUAUUGAAAACGAAGAUGUGGCCGAUCAGCUACAGCAGGAGAGCGAGUGUCCGGAGCCGAACGGUUUCUUUGCAGAUGCCAGCCAAUGCGAUAAAUACUACGCGUGCUCGGACAACAAGAUCACCGAGAAGCUGUGUCCGGACGGCAUGGUGUUCAACGAUUACAGCUCGCAGCAAGAGAAGUGUGACCUUCCAUUAAACAUCGACUGUUCACAAAGGCCCGCUUUGCAGCCACCUCAACCAGCCGAACAUUGUCCUAGACAAAAUGGUUAUUUUGCGCAUGAGAAUCCAAACAUUUGUGAUAAAUUUUAUUAUUGCGUGGACGGUAAAUUUAACGCGAUCACAUGUCCGGGGGGCUUGGUGUACAACGAAAAAUCUGGCAUUUGCACGUGGCCAGAUGAAGCCAAGAAAAAAGGAUGCUCGUCGCAAGAUGUAUUCAAUUUUCGAUGUCCCAAUGUGACUUCUGAGAUUGCACUACAACAUCCCAGAUAUGCAAAUCCCGAGGACUGUCAAUUUUUUUAUGUUUGUGUCAACGGCGACACGCCAAGGAGAAAUGGCUGCAAAAUGGGACAGGUGUUCAACGAAGCGUCGGGAAAAUGUGAUUGGCCGAGAAAUGUUCCCGAGUGUGCCGAUUGGUAUAAAGGCGUAUUGACAGACGAAGAACUUUACAAUCUCGAGAAUCCAAAACCCAAAGAAACAUCAAAGGAGAAAGAGGCGGCGGCGGCCAGCAGACGAAAGCCAUCAAGACCAUCAACUACAAAACGUACUGUCGUAGAGGAUGAUGAAUGAAAUUAACUAAUUGUUAUUUUGUAAUUCAAUAUUUUCAAUAACUGUAUCAGGGAAACUGAUCUCAUUUGGACAUUAAGUCGAAAUUAAAAAUAAAUGAUAUAUUUUCACAAUAAAUAAUA